AUGUUGCUCCCGACAACUUUCAUCUUGCUUGUCCUAGCUACGGCUCGAAUCGCUGUAUGUGCUCCCGUUGAAGACACUGUUAAAUCAACAACGCUUCUGAUCGGUUCAGACAAUGGCCUUGAAAAUCCGGUUCAGAAGGAAAAAGCGGCGAGUAGCGCAGCAGGCAAUGUAGUUUCUACUCGCGGCGGUGGCUGCAAAGGAUGCGCCUGUAGUCACGCACGUUCCAAACCUAAAGAAAUCUACACCAAAAUUGAAGGAAGUCCAGUAGAUUCUGGCUCCAGUCAAGAUGCAAUUUCUGUAAACGCAGGUAUGAAAAAGCAAGGUGAUUUCUUGGUUCUUUCAUUUGUCCUCUCUCCCACUUUGAAUUUGAUUUGUUUCGUUUUGAUUGAGACAAAAAUGAUCACUCAAGGAUUGCCACUGAUUGAUAUGAAUGGCUUCUUCACCAAAAAAUUUCGAACAAUAGUUGUAGUUCCAGGUCAAGAUAUACAAUCUACACUUGAACCUGUAAAACCCCCACCAAGUCCAACUACACACAAGUCUACAACAUCGCUAUUGAGCCCAGAGGAAUUGACAGCAAGCUUUAAGGAAUUACAUAAAGUCUGA